AUGGUCGCUAAACCACCUUCCUCGAGCGCAUUUGCUCGCAAAGUCGCGAAUCCACUUGGUUUCACAAAGACGUACAACUUCUGGUUGUACUUUGUAUUCGGGGGUGCGCUCCUUGGUUUCUCACUAGCACGCCUGCAAUACCUUGGCUUCUCGAGCAAGUUUUGUCCCGCCGCCGGGCCGAGUUCGACGGGAAAUAGCGCCGCGCCAGGAGAAUGCUACUACUACCUCAACUUCAACCGGUUCAAAGUGGGGAUUCUGCUACAUCUUGGCGGCGUCCUGCCCGCAGGCAUGAUUGCCGUAAUGCAAUUCACGCCGGUUAUCCGACACCGCUGGCUCACUCUUCACCGAAUUGGCGGAUACGCUUCGCUGCUGCUGUACCUGAUCAGUCUCGUUGGCGCCCUGAUGAUUAUCCGCCAUGCAUUUGGCGGCGGUCUUGAUGUCCAGAGCUCGCUCGGUGCGCUCGGUUUUACUACCUUGGGCUGCUUCAUUAUCAGCUACAUCAAUGUGAAGAAGUUGCAGAUUGAGCAGCACCGCGCAUGGAUGCUACGAGGCUGGUUCUAUGCUGGCUGCAUCAUCACGACUCGCAUCAUCAUGAUUAUCUCGGCACAGAUUAUCAAGAACAGCGGGUACUACACUGUGUGGCCCUGUGUCAAGAUUGCGGCUACCAUCGAAGAUGAUAUCGAUCUUGUUACGUCGUACCCCGCAUGCUCUGCCUUUGCCAACGGCUCAAACCCAGACGCCGUGUCUGCUGUGGCUGCAACUAUUGGAUCUGGAGAUAGGGCAAACACUGGUGCCGCGCUCAACAUUGCAUUCGGUAUGGCAGUCUGGGUUGCGUUUGCACUACAUGCUAUCGGUGUCGAGAUCUAUCUUCACCUUACACCGCGUGAGGCCCAGCGCCUGCGCCAAGUCAGCUACCAGAAGCAGCUCGAAGCCGGUAUGCGCAACCCUGGUUCCGCAGGCCUCACAUCAGACCGCCUGGGUGAUGCGGAAAGGUGGACGCCCGAUGCAUCAAGAAAAGAUAGUACGAGUCCAUUGACACCCGGGACUCCAGAGCCUAAUCCUAGGGUAGAGCGCAAAUGA